AUGACUUUAAAAACUGUUGAUAUGUAUUUCUUAUUGUAAUCGCUGUCAUUCGCUUUCUCUUGCGCACAUUAUUUCAAAAUGGCAGCCGCUACGGACGAGCUUAUUUUAUUGGAACGAGUGUUUCUUCGAGUGGGGUUAGCAGAAACCGACGAGCAAUUGCAGACGGCAAUAUGCAAGUUUCUACCUCCAGUUUUACUGAAGUUAUCCAGCUCCCAAGAAGGAGUCAGGAAAAAAGUGAUGGGUAUAUUAAUCCAUAUAAGUAAAAGAAUUAAAAACAGGCCUCUAGUUCAACUGCCAGUCGAGGCUCUACUAUUGCAAUAUCAAGAUCCAGCAGCUAGUUCAUUUGUCAUUAAUUUUACUAUUAUAUACAUAAAACUGGGAUAUCCUAGGAUGGAGAUGAAAAGACAAGCCAACCUAGUUCCGAGUGUGUUGAACGCUAUAGAAGGAAAACCUUUGCUUCAUCAAGAUGGUUUGUUACUCAUAAUAAUGCCCGUGUUGGGUCACAUCAAUAUCCCUAUAGAUCCAGAUAAACGGGCAUCCCUUCUUGGCUUACAAGAUAAACCUUACGUACAAAAACAGCUGCUCGAUUUUAUGCUUGAUACACUGUUACUACCAUAUGCAUCUGUAGGGGUACAACAACAACAACAGCAGCUGCAGACUCCUCCACGAUCUGGGUUAAGUGAAUAUGCUUUUAAACGAGUAAUCGGAGAAAAACCACCGACAGCUGAACAGAUUGAACAAACAAAGCUUGGGAUUGUUAAAUUCUUGGCUGGAGGAUUUUUCCUUGAUUCAGAUAUCCUCGUACAUUUGAUAGUGGCUGCUGCAGAUACUAGAUUCAGCGUGGCUAACAUGGCAGAUUUGGAACUGAAGAAAAUUGUAAAUACAUUGGAUUGGUCUUCGGAGCAAUUAGCUACUCCACUGGUUACGUUAUUUUUGGGUACUAGUGACCCUCUGAAGGAAGUUAAGCCAGAAAUGAAGCGACAGCCUGCGAGUACCCGAAUUCGAUUGAAAUUGUUACAUUAUUUGUGUCGUAUUACGAAAGCCGAUUACAUUGUAAUGCCGUGCAUCGAGGUAAUUUUUGAGUCACUUUAUGGAACGGAUACAAAUUCGAAGCUGAGAUCAAUGGCACUGCAGUUUACGUUAAAUAUUGUCCAACAGUGCAGCCUUGCGCUAUUAAUUGGCGUAGAUGCUCUGAUUCUACAAGGAAUGAUGCAAUUAAUCUCUGAAUUCGAGGAUAGCCACAAAAUAAUGGCGUGUACUAUUAUUGGACAAUUGGGACAGAGAAUUCCGUCAUUGGUUACCAGAAAUUCGAAUAUGCUAAAGAAUUUAUUUGACACGCUUGUAUCUACUGAAGGUGAUUUACGGAGGGCUGUACGCGAUGCUUUAAUCUCCGUAACUUCGGCAUAUAAGCUUAGUAAAGAAGACGAGAGUAAAAUAACUAGGAUGAAUGAUUUAUUGUCUACUUACAUCGAAUCACCCGAGUCUAAUGUUAGAUUUGUAGCCAUGCAUUGUGCUGCAAAUGUAUUUCCAUCAGAUGAUAUACCUUCCCGUUAUCUUCUAUUACUGUCAGCUGGCGAUACUAAAGACGAAAUUAGCUCAGAAGCUAGAAAGGCUCUGUACGGUGCACUUCACAAGAACAAGAGCGACGCGCAAGAAACCAAUCAAGUUGUGCUGCCAGAUUUUCAAAAAAUGGUCACUUAUAUAUACUCGAAGAUGCAGACUAGGAUGCCUACCUCUACCGAUGGAAAGAUUAACAUAGAAAGUAAAGUACUUCCGUACAGUGUUGCUGUAUUCACACAGAUAAUCAAUUAUCUCCGAAUUUGUUUAGCGAGAAGCGCUAACGUGGUUGUAAGCAACGAACCGUUACAACAUCCCUGUGAAAGUACACCGUUGAUCGCACGUUACGUCGAAACUCUGUAUAAAAGUCAGCCUGAGAUAUUGAACAAUUAUCUCGAUAUGAUCUUGCUUCUUAGCCAUGUUUCUGCAGAUCAAUGUUCCCUGCAAGCUUUAUUGGAAGUAGACAGUUCUAUUCCGCAAUAUCUAACACAUCUAUACGAGAAAGAGACUCGAGAGAAGUGGCUUUUGGGUUUGCUGAAGUCUACGAAACCAGAAAUACGAAAGUUAGCUGCUCAAAUUUACGGCGCGAUCGCAGCUCCAUUGGUCGAUUCUGUCUUCUGGAACGAGAUACGCGAACUUACAAAGUUGACGAAAGAUUACGACAAGAAACAGAAGAAGAAUGUCGAGGAACUGCACGGAAUGAUAUUGGCCUUCACGUACAUGAUAGAAAGACGAUUGUUCUCUUGUAAAAACUCCAUGACCUCGUUUAAUAUAGAUCUGUAUGCUGAUAUUGUACAAUCUACAUGCGUUCUUCUUCACGACAAUUCGCGCCUGCUAAUGGAGGUUGCGAUUGAAAGCAUCGGUAUCCUAGGAAAAACGUACAGCUUACCCUUACCCGACGUUGGUGGCGAUGAACCGAACAAGAAAAAACUUGUAGAAGAACUAUUUUCUAUAGUGACUGAUGCUAAGCUAAACGCCAAGCUUAAAGAAAGGGCUGCCAUUUCCUUAGGAUAUUUAUGUUUAGGGGAAAAUUUUCCACACACCACGGACAUAGUGACCAAAAUCAUUACUAUGGUCAAGGAGACGAAAGAUAUCGAAGUGCAUUUAACUUUGGGAGAAGCUCUGGUGUGCUGUGUUCAGGGGCCGGCACACGUGCAGGCACGGAACGCUUGGGAGACACUGCCGAGCGAGUAUCAAGUACCUCUUAGCAACUCUAGUACAGAACUCCUGAUACACACGGUAGACGAGUUGCUUAAAAUGUAUAGAGUACCGCAUCCCAACUUGAGACAGGCGGUUUGUGUGUGGUUACUAGCGCUUCUGAAAUACAAUAUUCAGGAAGAGUGCAUUAAACAAAGGUUUUCGCCGUUGCAUCAUGCGUUUGUAGAUUUUCUUUCGGACGAUAGCAAUAUAGUGCAGGAUAUUGCAGCGAAAGGACUCAGUUUGAUACACGUUAACAGCUCAAAGGAGGAAAAAGAAGUAUUGGUUUCGAGAAUAUUAGAUCAAUUUAUACGGGGUCGCACAGCUGUGAAACAAGUGACCUCCGAUACAAAAUUAUUCGAGGAGGGUCAACUGGGAACAACGCCCACGAGCGGAGGCUUGUCAACGUACAAAGAAAUUUGUUCCCUAGCCACGGAACUGCAGAAACCGGAUUUAGUAUAUUAUUUUAUGCACCUGGCGAAUCACAACGCGAUGUGGAAUUCUAAAAAAGGUGCUGCAUUCGGGUUCGCAGCUAUCGCUGAAAUGAGCAGCGACGAGCUGAACAAGUAUCUGCCAAGUAUAAUCCCGCGUUUGUACAGGUAUCAGUUCGAUCCGACGCCGAAAAUUCAGCUGAGCAUGUCCAACAUCUGGCGUAUUAUCGUUCCUUCGACGAGCAAGGCCAUCGAACAGUAUCAUAAAGAAAUAUUGAAAGAUAUAACUGAUAAUUUAACGCACUACGAAUGGAGAGUGCGUAUUAGUUGUUGCAAUGCGCUUGCAGAUCUGUUAAGAGCGAAUGUUCGUUUCAAUCUCGCGGAAAUCGCGCCCGAGUUGUGGAAAAAACUGUUCCGAGUAAUGGACGACAUUCACGAGGGCACCAGAUUGGCAGCCACGAACACGACCAAGCUGUUCAGCAAAAUCUGUAUUCGUUACUGCGACUCCUCCAACGGCAAAGAAGGAGAACAAACCAUACAAGCGAUACUACCUGUACUGUUGGAUACAGGGAUAACUAAUUCUGUGGACACCGUGAGAUCGGUGUCCCUGCAAACGGUGUCGCAAUUGGUAUCGAAAGCCGGCACGUUGCUCAAAUCCUCUUUGGCGACUUUAAUCCCGGCUAUUCUAACUUCGAUUGGGGAAGCGGAGAAUCCAAAUUUAUCGUACUUGAGCAUCAGACAUGGGUCCUCGUCGGAAACGCAGGAGACUAUUGAUAAUAUUAGAGCCAGUGCCGCUAAAGGACACACUUCUACUGAUACGUUAACAAAAUGUGUACAGUAUGUUGACUCGGAGACGUUAAAAGAGCUAGUACCUAAAAUAGUGGAGCUAAUAAAGUCCAGCGUAGGAUUCGGAACGAAAAUAGCUUGUUCACAUUUUGUAACUCUUCUAAGUCAUUAUCAUAAGCUGGAAUUGCAACCUUACGCCGGUAAAGUUUUGUCUGCUUUGUUGAACGGUUUGUCGGAUCGCAAUUCGAUCAUUCGGAAGAAUUAUGCGAUCGCCAUCGGUCACAUAGUAGGAUCAGUGAAAGAAUCUAGUCUGGACAAAUUGUUCAAAACGCUUCAUACAUGGUACACAGAAAAAGAUGAUUCGACCAAACUAUCGAUUGGACAAACGCUGCAGGCUAUAAAUAAUCAUAAUCAAGAUACGUUGAAGAAAUAUUCGAGUAUCGUUAUACCACUUACCUUCUUCGCGAUGCACAUGCAAAAGACACAGGAGAAUGAAAAUAUGGUCGCGUUAUGGACUGACCUCUGGAACGAGAUAACACCCGGGACAGAAGCCGGAAUUAUGCAAAACUUGGAAACAAUAACAGAACUUUUGCGGACCUCUCUGGAGUCACCGUCAUGGACGGCAAAAGCACAGGCCGCCAACGCGGUUCAUACUUUGGCACAGAAACUGGGACACCGUCUCGAUCCCGCUGUUCGGAACACUCUGCUGAAGGUGUUGACGGACGGUUUGCGUGGAAGAACUUGGGACGGAAAGGAAAGGGUGCUGAAUGCUUUGGCUACGUUGUCGAGCAACAGCAAGCAAGCCCUAAAAGAGGACCAGGAAAUGUGUGCGAUCAUAGUCGACACGUUGCACAGAGAAAGUAAAAAAGAAGCUAUAGAAUACCGACGUCAUGCUCUGCAGGCCUUCGGUACUGUUCUGCAUGAGCUAGACAUUGAUAAGUUCCAGGAAAUAAGCGAUAUAUUUGAAGAAAUUUGGGGAACGGUAGGAAAUAAAGAUAACAACGAAACCCUACUCUCUGACGAGAGAACAAAGAGAAAUGAAGACAUCCUGAAGUUACAUGAAACCGUUUAUGGGGCUCUUGGAAAAUCAUGGCCGACUUGCAAAGAGACUCAAGACAAAUAUUGUGUAGAAUUCGUAACCCGUUUUGAAAAAGUAUUACCUACACAGUCGACAUCUAUACAGGUGUCGAUGUUGACAUCGCUUACCUUAUUUGUGGAUAAACUUGCCUUGCUCAAGAUGAACAGCGCGGAAUUGUCAAGCACGGAUAAAGAAAUGCUGCACGCGAUCUGCGAUAAAUUGAAUGAAAUACUAAGAUACGGUCUAGGUAUUUCGUACACUAGGAUUAGAAACGAAUCUUUGAAUAUAGUUUUAUCCCUUGGCACAAAGUUGCGCGACACUAAAAAUGUUGAACAUUUCAAUAAAACGGGUGUAGUAGUCAAAGAGUUUCUACCCCAGUUAACGAAUGAUAAUGAACCGGAGGUCUUAGCCAGGCUUAUGAUUAUCAAGCAAAUAUUUAAACUGUGAGAAUCAAAUGAAAUUUGAAAUACUACUUAAUCUAAAUGUUGUUGAUAAUUGACGUUGAAACAACAGUGAUACAAAAAAAAAAGCGUAAUAUUUGCAAAAGUUCUUUUAAUGAUGAAAUUUCAUUAUAAUCAUGGCUCCUAUGUAUAACAAUAACAAAAAUUGUCUACUAUCGCAUAAUUUAAUCCUGUCGCGUUCUUCAGGAUUCCCUUUUUAAUAAUAUUACAGUCGAAUAUUUAUUUUGUAUGAAGUCGCUCGUUCUUUCAAAGAUAGUUUCGUAGUCCAGAUAAAAAUAAGAGAAUUGUUAUUGAUGUGCAUGUUCACUUUUUUCUGAAUAUCGUUCUAAAUGUAUGGUGCAAUUUAGGAUCGCGGCAGGAUGAAAUCUAGCUUCAGUACUUCAUACUUCUUUUUAUGGUUUCCUAUGUUUUUAUAUGAUCUUAUAGAAAGAUAGGAAAAUGUAUAUUUAUAAAUAUAUUUGUCGGCCGUAUAAGUUCUGUACGAAUAAUAUAUUACAUAGAAUGAUCGUGGAAUUUGAUUGAAUACGAUGUACUUGUAUUGCAAAUAAAAUUGCAGCGAAUGAUUUUACCGCUGACAUUUA